AUGUCUUUCAUCAAACGUUUGUCACUGAAGAAGCUCCGCAAAAACAGUUCGUCACCUACGAAGAACAGCCAGCUGCCGCAAGUACAUUACGUUGAACAGCAAGAACAACUACGGGAAGACGACAUUCUCAUCGGCAGCGGCAACCACAGCACCAGUUCCACUGACAUGGAGCCUCUACCAGCGCCAGAGAAGCAAACAGUGCUCUUGCUGCACGCGGCAAAGCAACCAUACCAGCUGACAGAGGACUAUCCCGUCCCACGAGUAGAGGGGGAGCACGAUGUUCUUGUGAGGACACAGACCAUUGGACUCAAUCCCAUUGAUUGGAAGGCACCUGACUUCAACUUUGCCAUUCCUGAACUACCAUACAUCUCUGGUCGUGAGUUGGCAGGUGAAGUUGUUCAAACUUCCAGGAAAGAGUCGAGGUUAAAGCCAAGGGAUCGAGUCCUCGCCAUCUCCACCGAUUACCGCGACCUCCGCAAAGCUGCUUACCAGCAAUACGUCAUCUCCUUCGACUACAACACCGUCCGCAUCCCACCCUCCCUUUCCCUUGAAGAGGGUUCUACUCUCGGCGUGGCCUUCGUCGCCGCCGCCCUUUCCCUAGGCGUGUGUAUGGGCGUCGACUUCUCCUUUAUUCUCUCCGGUCCCGAUCUCUUCUCCCUCCUCCGCUCAUCCGUUCCCCCAGGGUCUCUAGCAGAAGACAUCCGCUCCGAAUGCCUAGACGGGAUUCGUUCUCAUGAGAGAGCCAAAGCCGGGGAUUGGGUUGCCGUUUGGGGUGGAAGCUCGACGAGUGCCAACCUGACGAUCCAGUUAGCGAAGCUCGCCGGACUGAAGGUUGUUACGAUUGUUGAUAAGGCUAAGCACGGCUUGAGGCUAAGUAACCAUGAAGUACUGAAGGCCGACUUGCUGGUGGACAGCCACGACCCUGAAAGGGCGGUGCAGAUCAUUCGCCAGAAUUUGAAGGGCAAACUUCGCUUUGGCGUGGACACCCGCGGUCGGGAAUCUGCUACUUCGCUGCUUCACGCCCUUUCACCCGAUAACAUCGACUCUCCUCCUUUACCAGCCGGCGAGCAGCCACCAUCCCCACCUGGCACACCUAAGGAGGAGACCCUCCUGGGUGCGCAUCUGAUUGGUCUUACCGGCCUCCCAAAGCAGCAAGCACCUGAGGGAACAAUGUUUCAUACAGUACCAAUCAAGUUGUUUCACGAAGUUCCAGAGGUGGGCGGAGCGUUGUGUCAAUGGUUGGAGAGGUUGUUGGCUGAAGGGUUGGUGAAAGCGCCAGAGAUCAUUGAUGUUGAGCAGGGGCUCGGUAGUAUCAAUAGGGGGCUCGAUAGGAUGAGAAAGGGGGAGAUUAGUGGUGGGAAACUAGUUGUCAAGGUUGCUGAAUAG